AUAGAUGUAUAUAUGUAGAUGUCUUUACAGAAAGAGGUGCGGGGAAUUUAAUGAUGACGAAGGAACCAUUCAUGGGAGAUUGCGCUCAUUGUGGACAGAGUGCGCAUGACUCAAGAGCAUGCAACAAUGGAAAAGUUGGUAGUUUGAAGCUUUUUGGUGUGAGGAUUGAUCCAAAAUCACAUCAGCUUCAUGGGAAGGAGAAAGGAGAUGAUCGUCAUGGAUCUGUUAAUUGCAUUGGUAAUUUAAUUCGCAAGUGUAAAAGCAUGGAGAGCUUAGAGGCAUGCAACAUUGACCCGAGUUCCAUAGAUCGUGGUUAUCAAUCGGAUGGCCCUCCUGAUCGAUCCCACAACGCCUAUAACAAAACGAAAGGGGUGCCAUGGACAGAAGAUGAACAUAUGUCAUUCUUGAUCGGUCUAGAAAAGCUUGGGAAAGGCGAUUGGAGAGGGAUUUCAAAGAACUACGUGCCAUCAAGAACCCCAACUCAAGUGGCUAGCCAUGCACAGAAGUAUUUCAUCAGAGUGAAUACAACACGAGAGAAAAUAAAACGCCGAUCAAGCCUUUUUGAUAUGCCUUUCCAAGAAUCACAUAUGGUACCAAGAGCACCUGUUCCCAUCUCUCUAAGACCUCCAGUUUCACCUCUGGCUCGAACUUAUGAGAUUCAAGAUUUCAAUUACAGGUCACGCAUGAUUGGUUAUACGAGCAGCAGAUAUAAGCAAAAAUUCGGUGAUCCUAAAUGUCCACUGGCGCUCCCUUUUGUACCAAUGGCGAGUUACCCAAACCAGGACCGUGUUUGUGCCGUCAACAGGCAUGGGGUCCCCCACUGAAGGUUUUAUUUGUGAAACGUCGUUCGUGCUGAUAACUCAUGGUCAUCUAGGAGUGGAUAAAGUAAUGGAGUGAAAGCAUCUUCUGUUUUGGUUGUUGCAGAAGAAUAGAGUUUGAAGUGGUUAGAUUAGAAGAUGAGUUAAAUUUCAUUCUUUUUGCUUUACUUGAAAAGACAACACAUACCAAAUAUAU